CUCUCUUCUCCCUAUAAAUAGAAACCUCCACAAAUUUCCAUCAACAACACAAGAGUACCAAGAAAAGAAAGUGACAUCAAAGAUAUGCCAUUGCUCAAGCUUCUGUCCUUCAUAACCCUGAUGGGGAUAAUAACCCUAGCGCCCAUCACCCUGGCUCAAAACUCCCACCAAGACUUCGUCAAUGCCCACAACGCCGCCCGAGCUAAGGUCGGGGUUGGGCCAGUCUCUUGGAACUACACCUUGGCUGCCUAUGCUCAAACUUAUGCGAACAAGAAGAUUGGCACUUGUGAGCUGCAGCAUUCCUAUGGUCCUUAUGGCGAGAAUUUAGCCGAAGGGUACGGUGAGAUGACGGCGGUGGAGGCAGUGAACUUCUGGGUGAGCGAAAAGAAGUUCUACGACCAUCGAUCCAACCGGUGCAUCGGGGAUGAGUGUCGCCAUUAUACACAAGUGGUGUGGCGGGGUACCAAGCAUGUGGGUUGUGCUAGAGUGAAAUGUCACAAUAAUUGGAUCUUUGUGAUAUGCAAUUAUGAUCCUCCUGGUAAUUAUGUAGGUCAGCUUCCUUACUGAAAUUAUAAGAGAUUGAAAAUUUGAUCUGUUACCCUUUGUAGUAGAAAGAAAGAAGGAUAAUGAUAUGUUGUGAUCUUUAGGAAAAUUAUUAUGGAAAAUUAUCUUUAUGGGAAUAUGAUGAUCUAUAUGAAUAUAUGCGUUAU